AAAACGCGGACUGGAUGCACGAAACAAAACAUGUAAAACAUACGGCUCCGGAUUAGGGAGUAGACAUUUGCAUAGUUUGAAGACGUAGUGAUAGUUAGAGACAGGUGCGAACACUUCGCUGAAACUAAACGAGUAAUCAGGGAUAGCAUAGGGAGGCGGAGUUACAGAACAGUGCAGAAAUACUAAGAGAUAGCGUUAGUGAGUUAGUUACGUGAAUAUUUCUAAACUACCCAAUAAAAGUGAUUGUUAGUUAGUUAGACAGACAGUAAGUGUAUUAAUCGGAAACCUAGAUUAGUAGUAGUUAGUACGAAUAGUGCUUUACAACAUUUAACUACCAAGAAAAAGCAGGAAGUAAGAAUCGCGAGUUUUUAGAAAAAAGUUGAAAAACUGAAAACUACCGUAACCACCCGAAUAGUGGGACACGCAGACAGGGGAGUGACUAGACUGGUAAACAUUCAGACGCAGACAUAACAGGGGAGGACAAUGGAGAACUGUAAUGGGAAACAUAAACCAGGCUAUCUGCUGUACAAAGCAACGUGACCAGCAAGACGUAGCGGCACCAGAGGGCUGAGUUUAUAAGAAAAGCAGACGAAGCGAAAGUAAAGAGUGCAGGACGAGAAGAGGGCACGGAUUCGCCUGGCUUGUCCUUAGUCUUACAAGCUUGAAAUGGAGGAUGCGGAAGAAAACAUUUUCAAUGGCUACCUGAGGCGCAAUAUGGCAAAGAUUGUGACUAAAGUCAAAGUGAGAGAGAUUGUGCCACAUCUUCCUAGCCUUACACAGUCAGAACGGGAGAAUAUUGAAGUGAAGCGAGAAAACACAGGCAACUACAACGCUAUGCAGCUGCUUCUCAGCUGUCUGAGAUGCAAGGAUAACUGGCUGGAGGAAUUCAUCAGUGGCCUGCAGACAUGUGAGCAUAGCACCCUCGCCAGCCAAAUCCAAGAAGAAUUCAAGUCCCUGAAAAUCCAGCUCAAUGGCAGCACUCUUGCUCCUAUGGCCCCUACAUCUGGUGGAACCCUCCUGCCACCUCACAACCCCAGCACAAUUUCAACCCCUAAAAUGGAUGAGGCAGCAGAUUCAGCCACACCCCUUCCCCCUGAGAUUUUAGCCAAUCACACAGGUCCAUCAUCUGCUGUAGUCCAAUUCCAGAGCGGCCUAGAACCUGUUGCCUCUGAGGAUAUUGGAGCUGUCUCCUCAAAUGUCCUUGUCACCCCAAGAACUCACAUCUCCUCACCUGAAGUACAUCAUCCAGGCCCCCAGGAGCUCCUAAUGAAACCAGACAAAAAGCUGCAAAGUGCUUCUGAUAACCCCAACGACAGCUCCAAGUCAACUGUUGGUCAGGUUUUGGCAAAAGAUCUGGUUUCAAGUCAGUCCCUGGCAAGUCCAACAAAGGAUGUAGCUGGAGUCACGGCUUCAUUUAAUGUACAAGAUGUCACAGAUGGCCUCAUUUCUCUUUACUGUCUGGGAGGAACCUCAGCAGAUGAAGAAGUGUGUGCCAAUAAGCCAGUGCUGCUGAUCUCCAUCCACAGUGUCCAGGUGCACCAGCCCUUCGACAGUCCGUCUACCUUUCAACCUAUCGGAGAUGAGGGUGCAUACUCUGGCGAAUCUGGCAACCUUGGCUGUAGAUCCAAUUUGUCACACCACACUUAUGAAAGUGUCAAUGCAGAGAGUAUAGCCCUUAGCAAUGCAGAGAAUUCAGCCCUCAGCGAUAAAGAGCAGGGGGCUCCUGGAGAUGCAGAGAAUGUGGCCCCCAGUGAUGUAGACAGUGUAUCCCUCAGUAAUGUGGAGAAGGUUGCCAUUGGUGAUGUAGGUGGUGUAGCCCUCAGUGACACAGAAGCGGUGGCUCCUAGUGAUACAAUGAGUGUUGUCCAAGGUCCAGCCGAAAGUGAAGCCUUCAGUGAUGCAACAAAGGUUGCUCCUGGGGAAAUUGAAAAUGUAGCACUCUGUGAUACAGAGAGGGUUGCCCCUGCUGAUGGAGAAAGUAAAGCCCUCUAUAAUGCAGGGAGGGUUGCCCCUGGCAAUGUAGAAAGUGGAGCCUUCUGUGAUGGAAAGAAGGUUGUCCCUAGCGAUAUAAAAAGUGAAGCCCUCUGUGAUGCAGAGAGCAUUGCCCCAGGCCAUGCCAAAUGUGUAACCUUUCGUGAAAAAGAGGUGCUUACCCCUCAUGAUGCAGAGGGUGUAUUUUCUGGUGACAUCAGAAGUGCAAUUGGAAAUGUUGAAAGUUUUUUGCCUGAAAAUAAAAACACUAUUGUUCCUAGUGAUGAGGAUGGCAACACAGAGAGCAUUGCUCUUUACAGUCUAGAGAAUGUAGUCUGUGACAACAAUGAAAAAGUUACUGUUAAUGCAAAGCAAUUAGUAGGUGACAAUACGGAAAGCAUUGUUUGUGAUGAAAUAGAGAGCAGUUCCCUUGAAGCUCCAGAGAGCAGAGCUGAAACAAAUUACUGUGACUCUGCUUACUAUGACACUAACACAUCCAGUCGCAAUCCAGAGAGUGUGAUCCAUGAGAGUGUAGGACCCAACAACAUCCAGAAUAGAGCAGCAGACUUCAUGGAGAAUACUGCCCCCUGUAGCAUGGACCUGGGUACCAGAGAUCCCAGUUAUACCCAUCUAGCCCAAAAUGUGUGGAAGGAGAAUGGCUGUGACAUAGCCCACCAGGUGAUCAGCUCACCCAAUGCUCCAUCCUCCAACCACCUCCACUCGGAGAGCCUUUUUCCUAGUAAGGCAGAUAACCGGAGGGAAAGUGGGGCCCUUUGUGAGGGAGACAGUAGGGCCCAGGUCAUUUCAGAGUUUGGGGCCCUUUGCAACACAGAUAGUGGGGCCCCUGCUGAGGGGCAUAGUGAGGCCUCUAGUGAGGAGGAAAAUGGUGAUACAGAGAGUGAGUCCCCUGGUGAGGAAGACAAUGGAGCCACAGAUAACCCUGAUGGUGGGGCUCCUGUUGUUGGGGAAAGUGGAGCCUCAGGUGACAAAGACGGUGGGGCCCCUGGAGAGGGAGGUAGUGGGCUACCAGGAGACAGAAACAGUGGGGCACCUGGAAAUGGAGAUAGUGGGGCCUCUAGGGAGGGAGAUGGUGCGUCAACUGGGGAGGGAGACAUUGGAUCCCCUGGAGAGGUUGAGAGUGGUGGACCUCAGGAGGAAGACAAUGCAGAACCAGCAGUUAGAGACAGUGGGGCCCCAGGAAAAGGUGAUGCCAUGAUUCCUGGCAAACAACAAAGUGGGGGACCUGGAGAAGGUGGCCCCGGAGAAGUAGAAAAUAAGGAACCAGAAGUGAGAAACACAGGGACCCAAGGAGAAGGAGGAGAUAGUGAUGCAACAGGUGGCAUAGACAGUAGGGUUGUUGAUGAGCUGGCAGUUGUAGUCCCCAGGUCUACAGAGCUGCCCCAAAAUAAUUCAGAAGGGAAUCAGGACUUCAACCAUAUUGAGGCGAAUUUUCAUGCCUCCUUGUCCACCCACAUUCCAAAGAACCCUGUUCCCAGUGAUGUGGAGAGUGCAACUUCCAAUGUGGUGCAGACCAGAACCCCAGGUCACCUAAAAAAUGAGGCAAUCCACAAAGAGCUGGUGGAGAAUCAGUAUAAUUCCACUCACACUGACAUCAAUUCACCAUCCUCUGCUUUGUCCAACCACAGCCCAGAGAUAGGUUGCCCCCAAGGAACAGAAAGUACUCCUGGAGACAUGGAACCACUCCAUCUUGAGACAGAGGAAAACUACUGUAGUGCUGUCCACGGUAGGAUCAACUUGAGUUCUGCAGAAUCUUUCAUCCCCAGUACAGACAGCAGAUCCUCUAACAACAUGGGUAGCCAAAUCCCCAGUGACACCAGCUCCACUCACCUGACCAUCGAUUUGACCUCUCAUGCCUCACUGAACCACAAGCCAGACAGUGCUGCCAACGUUGCUAUGGAGUUGCACACCCACAAGCCUAUGAAGAACCAAUGCAGCACUCUCUGCUGUGACAUUAUCAAUGAGCAAGAUGUGGAGAAGGAGUUCUGCAUGUCUGAAGAUUUGGAUGUCCAGAAUCAAACUACCUCUGGUAAAACACCAGUGAAAGUUAUCACAGAGAAGAGGCUAGAGGCUUUUUCAGAGCAGGGCCAGCCAAUCCUUAGCCCGCUGGGAAACUACUAUGUCCCUGCUGCUAUAGCUGGAGUGGUUGUUGCAGCAAUACUGUGGCAACUGAAGAAGUAGGUAGUCAGUACUAGUGAGUACUGCUCGUCCGACAGGACUUUUUGCCAAGGUGUAACAAAUAGCAAGUAUACAGUAUACGACUGAAGAAGCUUCAGGACACUGGGAUUUAUUGUGAGUCACAGACACUUGCAGUAAAUCACAGUGUGCUGAAGUUUCUUUCAAUCAUCUACAGAGUAAGUAGACUUAAGUGUCAGGUUUGAGAUGGAGUAAGCAGAAAGGGCUCAGUUGCUGUUAAACUCCAUAAGCUCAAUCUCUAUUCUCUAUCAAGCACUUCAGACACAGCUACAGGUGCAGUCAAUUAAAAUGAGUAUGGGAUUCCACAGAAAUCGGAUGACACUUUUAUUGUACAAAAAAAAGGAAAUUCAAGCAAUAACCUGCAGUGGUUGUCAAGAAAACCAGGAGGCGCAAGGAGAUGCAGAUAUCCAUUUCAGCCAUUUUGAAAGUUCAGUCUGUUGAACAGGCUAGUGGAAAUUUCUUGCAAAUUAUUCAAUGACUUAACAGAGCAACCAAAAAUUAGUAUCAGGACAACAAAUUAGAGGUAGGCUACAUUAUGGGGUUGUUAUUGCCUCAUAAAUAAAGAAAUAUAAACCAAACACAAAUAAAAUGAGAUUUCCAAAUAAUUUAACUUGCAAAAUAAUUGGUUAACAAAUUAGCAUAAUUGUUUCACAAAUAGGCCUAUCUUGUUGCACUCACAAUCUCCACCGAACUGACAAACAUUUACAUUUUUGACACGCCUUUCACACGAAGCAACGAUCCGGGAACGUCCUGUGUUUGCUAUUGUUGUGAAAGGGUUUCAUUUUAAAUCAGUUGUGGCAUUCUUUACUUCAACAAAAUAGUUUUGCAGCUUUUAUUUUUACUAUUGGCCUACGUUUCAAGAACAGUCCAUUAACUCCAAAACUUCCAUCUAAAAAGACAGUGACAGUGACGGUGGUCUGAGUAUCUCAGAAACUUCUGAUCUCUUGGGAUUGUCAUGCAGAACAGUCUCUAGUUUGCAGAGAAUGGUGCAAAAAAACAGAAGUAUCCAGUGAGCAGCAGUUCUGCGGGCAAAAAUGCAUGAGAGAGGUCACAGGAGACAGCUGACAGGAAGGUGACAGUAAUGCAAAUAACCACACAUUACAAUUUACAACAAUGGUAUGCAGAAGAUCAUCUCUGAAUACAGAACGUGUCAAACCUCUAAGUGGAUAGGCUACAGAAGCAGAAGACUCGUCUUCUGCCAAGUCAAAAAAAUAAGUCAAAUAAAUACCUAAUAAAGUGUUCAUAAAGAAUGCAGUACUCCCUAUGCUAUCCAAUGCUAGACAUAGUAAUCAGUACAUUUUAAGUGUCUCCCCGCGGAUCAGCCCUUAUUUUAAAUGACUCCAACUGGAAAAAGAUACAUUUUAUGAAGAAGUGGGACCAAACUCAAUCUGGUUUAUACCCUUGGUCCAAAUACUAUAAUGUGCAUCAAGCUGAAAUGUAAGUCCACAUUGGUGAUUAAGAACUUAAUGUGCUCAUCGUAACAGCUUCAUCUUGAAUGUAACUCAAGAAAACACACCCACACCCAAAAGUUUGGAAUCGCCUUGCCUUUUUCAGCUUUUUAUUCUUUAAUAUUUAAGUUUAUCUGUUUGUAAUCCAACAAUGCACAUGUGUUUUAUGUGCAGAGCUUUUAUUAAAAGGUAUUUUAUACAUUUUAGUUUCACCAUGUAGUAAUUCCAACACUUUUUAUAUGUAGUCCCCAAUUUCAAUGUUUGAGUAAAAUUAAAGUAAAAUAAAAGUCAUGUUUUGUAUUUCGUUGCACAUCUUUGCAUGCCAUGACUUGCUGAUAUCUGUGACGUGUUAACACCAUCAGAGUCAGGAUAUCAAAUUUUCAGGUUGUCCUUCAAGCGAUACUAAAACUCUUUACAUUAGAAGGGAUCUCUAUGGGAAUUGGGGGGUGGGAGUAUCGAACACAUUUAUUGACUAAAUGGUUUUAAGUCAUCAAGGGUCCAAGGUAUCAAAUGAGCCUGAAACCAUCAUGCUGCUGCCAGAUAUACAGUAGACACUACAAUAAUUCAACAUUAUGUUAAUUUGUCUCAUAUACCGAAAUGGGGGACUACAUGUAAAGGUGCUGUAGUUACAACAUGGUGAAACCAAAAUGUUUUAAUACCCUUUCAUAAAAGUCUGCGCUUAGACCAAAGCUAAAUAACAUGUAACAUCUAACGUGUGAAUUGUUUGAUUAUAAUCAGAGAAAAUUAAAUAUUAAAGCAAAAAAGGUGACCAAGGUGAUUCCUAAACCUUGAUCUGGGGUAUACUUUUCUGACCACCAGUCUCCAAAUCUACCUAAACUGAAAAAGAAAACAAGGAUAGACACUAUACUACAAUUUCCUUUUCACAUUUAAUAAUACAUUAGUAAUUUAGAGUGUUCACAAUAAGACAUUUUCCACUUUCCAUCUCACAGUAGUAAUAUUAAAAUUAAUCUUUUUUUAGCACUGCAUACAGAGGCUGUAGUGUCAAAUAAUUAAAGCUAUGAUUAACUUUGUGCUUUUAAUUAAAUCCUUUCUGAAAAUGAAUGACAAAGAAAGAACAUACUCUAUAUUAGUGUAACGUAGUGUAUAUAAGCAGAGACAAAUAGAUAUAUUCUAGAUCUACCUGUACAUAGUAUAGUCAACAAUAACUUUAUUCAAAUGUUUAUUGUUUAGUAUUUUUCCUGAUUUAGAUUUCUCUUUAUACAUUUUAAAUGAAUGGGAUAUUUUUUGCUUUAAAAACAAAUAGUCUCUCUAAAUGUCAUAUGGAAUAUAGGGGGACAGCAAGUGAAUGGCCAAACAGAACAGACAGUCCUCUGUUGCUGUGGCAUUUUUGUGAACGCAAGGGACAUUUUAUAUGUUGUCAUGGAGUCCCUACAUACCAUGGGCAACCUGACCUUUUACUUCUGUGCCCUCAGUCCUGCCUGCCAACUUCCUUCUUUUACAAUGUGCUAUCAAUAAUUUACC